UGUGUAGUGAGACCCUAUCUCAAAAAACAAAAAAAAAUCCUUGCAUUUAAAAGUUGAACCCAAAAUGUGAGUCCAAAGCUGAAACUUUUAAACUUUACCUUAAACUUCCACAACAAAAAAUCUUGUACCAAUAGAUUCAUUGCUAUCACACAGUGUUUCUCUCCCAUAUGGGCUGAGCACCAGGAAGCAGCACUGCGUCCCAGCAUGGCUCAGGAAUGCUGCCCUGUCCUUCCCGCAGCCCACAGCGGCACUCAUUCUCCGCUAGUGUUAGGCAGGGCUUCGGCUUUGUUGGCCAUGAAAGCUACAUCUGUGCUGAAGAGGGAGGAGAGGUGGUUCUGGGGUCAUUGUGACUCUCAUAAAUCACUACUGUGGCACUGGGUUGUGUGUAUGUGUGUGUGUGGAGUGCAUAGCCAGGUUGUCCUUGUACUGUAUAUGGACCAGCCCCUAUAAAAGGGGUUCAAGCUCUGGCCUUAUAGCUGCCAGACUGCUGAGAUGGGGAGGCUGUUGUUAUGGGUUGGGCUGGCUCUUGUGCUGAAGCACCAUGAUGGUGCUGCCUACAAACUGGUGUGUUAUUUCUCAAACUGGGCACAUAGUCGACCAGGACCUGCCUCUGUUUUGCCCCAAGAUCUGGACCCCUUUCUCUGCACCCACCUGAUAUUUGCCUUUGCCUCAAUGCGCAACAAUCAGAUUAUUGCCAAGGAUCUCCAGGAUGAGGAAAUUUUCUAUCCAGAGUUCAACAAACUCAAGGAGAGGAACAAGGAGCUGAAAACACUGCUGUCCAUUGGAGGGUGGAACUUUGGCACAGUGAGAUUCACCACUAUGUUGUCCACGUUUGCCAACCGGGAAAAGUUUAUUGAUUCAGUCAUCUCUCUCCUGAGGACACACAACUUCGAUGGGCUCGACCUUUUUUUCUUGUACCCUGGACUGAGAGGCAGCCCCACCCAUGACCGGUGGACAUUUCUUUUCUUAAUUGAAGAGCUCCUGUCUGCCUUCCAGAAGGAAGCACUGCUCACUAAUCGCCCAAGGCUCCUUCUCUCUGCUGCAGUCUCUGGUGUCCCACACAUCAUCCAAAUAUCUUAUGAUGUACACCUUUUAGGAAGACUCUUGGAUUUCAUCAACAUCUUGUCCUAUGAUUUACAUGGAAGCUGGGAAAAGUUCACAGGACAUAAUAGCCCCCUUUUCUCUCUUCCAGAAGACCCCAAAUCUUCGGCAUAUGCUAUGAAUUACUGGCGAAGGCUUGGGGCACCCUCGGAGAAGCUCAUCAUGGGGCUCCCCACCUAUGGACGUACCUUUCUCCUCCUCAAAGCCUCUAAGAAUGGGUUGCAGGCAGCAGCGAUGGGACCGGCAUCUCCGGGGAAGUACACCAAACAAGCUGGCUUCUUGGCUUAUUAUGAGGUCUGCUCCUUUGUCCAAAGAGCAAAAAAGCACUGGAUUGAUUAUCAAUAUGUCCCAUACGCGUACAAGGGAAAGGAGUGGGUUGGCUAUGAUGAUGCCAUCAGCUUCAGUUACAAGGCAAUGUUUGUAAAGAGAGAACAUUUUGGAGGUGCCAUGGUGUGGACAUUGGACAUGGAUGAUGUCAGGGGCACUUUCUGUGGCACUGGCCCUUUCCCCCUGGUAUACAUUCUGAAUGAGCUCUUGGUGCAGACUGAUGUCAGCUCAACUCCUUUACCACAAUUUUGGCCUUCACCUGCUAUGAAUUCUUCAAGAUCUGACUCUGAAAGACUGGCUGUGACAAAGGCAAUGAUCACUGAUACUAUUAAAAUUUUUCCUCCAGGAGGAGAGGCUGUGGCCACUGAGGCCCAUGAAAACAUAACUACAAUUCCUCUAAGUAGAAUUGUGACCCCUGGAAGGGAAACAGUAUCCCCUAGAAAGCACAGUGUAGCUCUAGGAGGAAGUACUGAGGCCCCUGUGACAAAGACUAUGACCUCAGUGGACCACUGGUCUGUGGCCACUGCAGAGACAACUGUAGCCCUUGAGCAUCUUCAGACAGAGAUCCCUGGGGAGAAGACCAUGACCACUGUGGGUCAUCAGUCUGUGACCCCUGCAGGGAUGAUUAGGACCCCUGUGCAUCUUCGGGCUAGGACCUUUGGGAAGAAAACAAUGGCCCCUAGAAGGAAUGCUGUAUCCUUUGACAAUGACACUGCCCCCAGAAAGAUGUUAGUUACCUCUGCUGGGAAAGCUGUGGCUCUACAAGGGGAGAAGUUUACUUCUGAGGUAGAAACUGACCCCAGGAUGGGGGAAAGUGGCCUUUAGGUGGAAGGUGAAAAGAGGAUGCUGUCCUUGAGCCCUUUCAUCCAUCUCCUAGGAUGCAUUCUCCUUGCUUUUGACAACCCCUUCAUUCCCACUGAUAGAAAUCAUUCGUCUACUGACUCAGUGAGCCUUGCAGCAAGUCCUCUCUCUGAAAAAAGAUAAGCCAGAAAAUUCUGCUGUGGAUAAAGAAUACGAAGCUCUGUUGGUAGCAGAAACUGGGAAAAGCUCUUGUCUUUUAUGUGAUAACACAAUCAACCUGAUCCCACCCAUUGACAAACCAUUCAUGGGGUAAAGCAGGCACCAAAGCCAUAGGGGGUCAUUCUCUUUUCUGCUGAAUAAAUUGGAAACAUAAGAAUCUA